AUGUCUCAGACCAAAGUUGGCUUCGUCGGCUAUGGGGGUUCAGCAAAGACUUACCACUUACCUUAUCUUUUGCCGGUGAAGGAACUCAAAGUAUACGCAUUUUUGCAGCGAGCCGCAGCCCCGACCGGAAAUGCUACGCCAGGAAGCCACUGUACUAUCGACUUCCCAGAUGCCAAGCACUAUCGCACCGCAGCCCAGCUAGAGGACUUCUUCGCCGAUUCUGCCAUCGAGCUAGUGAUUGUGGCCACGGGCCCAGAUACGCAUGCAAGCUUUGCCCAAAAAGCCAUAGAAGCCGGAAAACACGGCAACCUCUUCGCAGUCGUGGUGGAAAAGCCGUUUACGCGAACAAGCGAGGAAGCCGACGCACUCCUUGCUUUGGCCAAGGAGAAGGGUGUGAUCUUGACAGUCUAUCAAAACCGGCGCUGGGACGGUGACUUCAGGACACUCAAGUAUCUUGUUGACAAAAAUGCGCUGGGCACGAUUACGGAAGCACAAAUAUACUACGACUUCGAGAACCCUCCCUGGAUCAAGUAUCUUUCGGCCAAGGAGUACACCCCGGGCGAUGGUUUGCUCUUCGGACUCGGAUCGCAUACUCUCGACCAAGCUCUCGUACUAUUCGGCAGACCCAAAUCUGUGACGGCGUUUUUGAAGGUACUGAGGGGAAUCGAGAGUGAGGUCGACGACACCUUUACGGUGAUUCUGCAAUACGACAGCCCUCUCCUCGUCACAGUCAAGACGACCAUCAUCGCAUGCAUGCCACAGCCGCUGAAGUACUUCGUCCGGGGCACGGAAGGUUCCUACUACGGAGAUGACAUCCAAGAGCGGCAGACUCUCUCGGGAAUGAAAUCUACCGACGCAGCUUUCGGCGUCAACCCCGAGGACGAGUACGGCACACUCACGACGUAUAAGGAAUUCGACUCGGAGAACCAGAAGUUGGACCCAGCCGCGAAGAAGUACAGCGGCAAAUUCCCGACGCUGAACGGCUUCAAUCAGGGAUAUUAUGAGGCUUUGGCUGAUACCAUCAGACGCAAGGCGCCGCUGCAGGUGGAUCCACAGACGUCGCGGGACGGCAUUCGGCUGAUGGAACUUGCUCGUCUGAUCGACUCUGGGUGUUCCAAGCUUGGACGGGGUGGAAUAGAAGAGCGAGUGACUGGAGAAGCGGUGUACCGGUACUCGUUCACAGUCAUCGUUCUGCUAGGUAUCGAAGAGCUGGUAGCCGAAUCCUUACCAUCGGAGCCGGCGCAUCUGCAUGCGAUCAACAACGCGAGCUCGGGCAAGCCUAUUUAUUGGCUUUGGGUGGCGAAUCUGUUUAUCAGGAAGCGCUUCCGAGUUUACGUCGUCGGCAAGGUGGAGAAACCCCACGUUCUCCUCCCACGUUCUCCUCCCACGUUCUCCGACACCGGGCCGCCAACACAGACGCAGAUCUCCUCCACUCGAUUACAUGAAUCUCAACGGAGUAGCCUGAUCCUGUAA